AUGAGUUUGUCGGUGGCCGCACAUGGAAUUUUGAAGACCCAUUUGACAUGGGAUGAAGUGGAGCACGAACUUCAGAAGGCAUUCAAUACCAAUGCUCAUUUUGGUCCCAAUAAGUCGGCAACCAGUAUUGGAGAUUUGAAGUUUCACAAUCGAGAAGUCGAUAUGUACAAGAUUUUGAUGAAGCUGAAUGAGAAAGAAAUUCCAUUCACUGAAAUUUAUGCAGCCAAAAAAUUUGACGAUCAAAACAAUCUCAAAGGUUUUAUUAUAUCGGAGUAUAUUCCAAAUAUUCGGCAUAUUGGAAUGCAUGAAUGCAUGAAUUAUAAUGAUAUUAUAAAGGUUGUCAAGUCUGCUGCAAUUUUUUCAGCGAUUGGGAAUAUUUCAGACAAGGAGGAAUUAAAGUUUGCUGAAGGCGAAAAUAUGCUGACUUUAUUAAUGUCUCAGGUCAUUGAUGAAUCGCCGGUGCUCAUCCAUUGCGAUUUAUGGUCGUCGAAUUUGCUGUGCGAUUUAUGGUCGUCGAAUUUGCUGUGCACUCGACGACCCAAUGAUGGGGCAGAAUUGAAGGCGAUCAUCGAUUUUCAGACUGUCUCGUUUGGCUCACCGGGCAUUGAUCUUGCUCGAUUAUUUGUUUCGAGUUUAUCUUCAAAAGACCGCAAUGAGCAUCUUGAUGAUCUACUCAAUCUCUAUUAUGACACAUUUGAAAGUAAAUUGCAAGGCAGCAAACCAUCCUAUACAAUGGAGCAGCUGAAAGAUUCCUACUAUCUCUGUGUUCCUCUAUUUACACUUCCCGGAAUUGUUCCUCAAUUAGAACUCUCAAAUGUUGCAAGCAGUGAAUUGAAAAAAGAGCGUAAAAUCGCAAUGAGCAAAAUGAUUGGAUUAGUUGAGGACUCGUUGGCGGCUCAUGAAAUUAACGUGAAAAAUCAUUUGAAAAUGUUGAUUAAUAAUAAUUAA